AUGUAAAACAAAAUUAUUGAAAGCGUUUUUAUUUGUUUAAUCUAUGCUUUCUGCUCUAUGACAUUUUCAUUUUCAGCUAAAUUUCUUUUUAAAAUCUUUGCCUUUCACAAUACUACUAUUGUAAGAAAUAAAAUAUAAUAUAGAUAGUUGCUUUUAUAUGAGACUACAAUUAAUAUCAUCAUCUGCACAAUUUAUAAAAUAAUAAAGUACAAUAAAGAAAAGAAGGAGAAAAAAGAUUCUCAGAUAUCUAUCUUAUAAUUGAUUGUGACUUAAUUUAAAGAAAGAGUCAAAUAAAAUAAAUUAACUAUUCCAUUUUCCAUAUCAUAUGGAACUGGUGCUUAUUGUGGUAUGACAGCAUUAUCAAAGAUUAGUAUACCGCUGUAAUUUUAUAUCAAUAAAAUAGCUUUUUAGCUUUGAGAAGAACCCUAAUAUUUUUCGUUUUUGUUGUAUAAAUUCUGAUGGGAAAAAAUAACUAAUAAAUAAGUUUCAAAUUUCUUAUAUCUGUAUUUUUUAUUACUUCAGGAGCAAUUAUAGCAGGUAUUUAAUAAAAAUUAUUUUAGGAUUGGAGCACUUUAAUGAUGAUGUUUAAGGAUAUUUAUUAUUAUUGAUAAAUAAUAUGUUAUCUGCUCUAAACCUUCAUUUGGCUUAAGGGCUCAAUUAAUCAUAAUAAUUUAGUCCAUUAGAUUUAGUUUAUAAUAAUAGCAUCAAUUUAUGGCCUGUAUUAUUAAUAAUUAGUAUUUUAACAAAAGACAUUAAAUAAUUUUUUGAAUUUGAAUCUCUAUAUAGAACAGAAUUUAUGCUUAGUUUUACUUUAGUAGCAUUAUUUGGGUUUUUUUUAAAUUUAGCUACUUAUAAUUGCACAAUGAAAAAUUCUCCUUUUGCAAUAGCUUUAACCCACAAUAUUAAAGUAAGAAAUAAAAAACAUUUUUUUAGGAUAUUUUUUCUACUAUUUUAAGUAUCCUGGUAUUUGCAGAUAUUCAACCAGAUACUUUUUUAACAUUAGGAAUUUCUUUAUCGUUUGUUGGAUCAUUUAUAUAUUCACUAACUAAAAUGCAAGAAAUAAAAAAGAAAUAAUAAUAAACAAUUGAAUUAACAAAUCAAGAGAUUAAAGUUUUAAUUAAAUAAUGA